AUGGGGGCAGCAGAGCAAACCGAGAGUAAACCUAGAGUAAACGCUGGGCUCAAGAAGUCUGUGAAGAACAGAAUAAUAGCCAGUCUGCGGGUGUCUUUGAAGGGCCUGCGGCCACGUUCCCCUAACCACUUCGAGGGGACCCGGGUAGCUUGGUGGAGGCGAGGCCUGGUGAGGAACGCGGUCCCCGUCCAGCCACCCGACCUCGGCUCGCUUCCCAUUCAGCCUGCGCGCCAGCCAGUGGGGUCGCCGCAGGCGGAGGCGCUGCAUAACGAUGCCGUGCACCCCGAGGAGCUGGAGCGUGGACGCCACACGGCUGGUCUGCUUCCCUUCCUUCCUCACAAAGGGGAAUUUAAGCCGCGCUCCUGCUCCUGCACGCUCCUCCUCUGUCCGCGCUGCCUCCACUGCGGGCCUCUGGAUUCCCCAGCGGAAUCCGGGAACCUAGGAGCCGCGGGGCGGUUACUGCUGAGUCAGGGCCUGCAGCUGGGCCUCGGUGGAGACGCCGGCCUGCUUUUCCCGUCCCUGCUUCCUGGCCGGCAGCAGCUUCCGGGCCGAGGCCGCAGCCGGGAGGGUCCCCACGUGCCCUGGCCAAGCCUCGGGGUGCCCGGGUCCCUGGCCCGCGCCUGUGCCGAGCCGCUGGGCUCUGAGGUCCCCGGGGCCUGCGGACCGGGAGGAGUGCAGCCUGCGAGGGAUCGAGGCCUCCCGGGGAGGUCAGCCCGGCCCUGCCCGGCACGCAGAGAAAAGGCAGCCCGCGAGCCCCUAGCAGCUGUGCCACUGGGAGAAAGUGCAGUCUGCCUCGCAGCAUUGUGUUGCGCAGCCACGUGUAACGAGAAUCACGGUUUGAUCGACUCGUUGGUCGGCUGGUUGACUGCGAUGCUGGGGAUUGAACCCGGGCCUCCUGAAGGUGAGGUAGGCACUGCGCCACCGAGCUACCCCUCAGGCCUUUUUGAUUUUUGUUUUGAGACAGGGCCUCACUAAGCUGCCCAGGCUUGCCCAGAACUUGCGAUCCUCCUGCUUCAGCCUCCCAAGUUUCUGGCUUAACAAACACGCACCACCACACCUGACUCAACGAUUUUGAAGAAUAAUAUCCUAAGUAAAACAUCUUUUGGCCUAA